AUGGACGCGGCUGCCCGCCAGCACUCACCCGUCACCGGCAGAGUCUCCGGGGACGCGGCUGCGGCUCGUUCGGACCCGGCACCCCCUGGCGGAACCGCCGGCACAACGGCCGCCCAGGCAGGCUCGAGCCGGCUACGAGGAGGCGGAGAAGGCGGAGUCGGGACGCAACCCGGGCCGGCGCCCGCGGCGGGACGCGGGGACACUCACCUGGGCCGCGAGGGCCGCCGCACAGGCCGCACCUGUCCCGCCUACGGGGGCGGCGGCGCCCCUCCCCCGGCUCCCCCCGCGCCGCCGCACACCCUCCCCCAGCACAAAGGGAGGCGGCGGGUGGGCCGGGCGGGGGUCGCACUCGCAGCGGCCGGGGUCGUCCCCAGGCAGGCCCGCCCCCCGCCCCCCGACGGCGCGCGGCGCCCGGUGGGUCCCGAGCCGGAGGCGCGUUGGCGGAGGCCCACCUGGGAGGCGCGCUACGGGCGCGGCGCCGAGACCCCCGGCGGCGGGGCCGGACUGGCGGGGCCGCGGGGCGCGAGCGCAGGAGCCCCGGAGCCGAACCGGUGCGCAGCCAUGGCUCCGCCAGGAAGUGCAAGGCCGAGGGCGGAGGCGCGCGCGGCCAAUGGCGGCGGCCGAGAGGAGCCGCCCAUGAACUGUGUACCUGUCGGGAACCCGUGCCGUGUGGUCGGAUGUAGGUGUACAGUUGUGAGGGAGAUGGACGUCAUUCUUGCUGUCACGGACCUGGCAUUCUUUUGGAAAUAGAUCGCAACACACGAGUAAAGAGAC